AAGUUUGGAUGUCACGGUUGAACGUCGCGUGUGCUCAUAUUUCCGUUGUCCUCAUUAUUGGCCACCGUUGACGCCGUGUACACAAUUCUUCUGACUUUGACAAUGCUUCCAAUCAGGCCAUAGCGCACCAUUAUCCAAGUCGCUAAAAUAUGGAUUCUCGAUCGUUGUCGACAAUACCUGCACUGUCAGUUGGUGAAAUGAUUCAAGUUCUUCGACGAGGAAGUUUUAUUACUGUGGCAGAUCUUAUGCUCGCAGACCCUUCGGACGUCAUGAGGAAGUGCAGGAUCCCACUGGACCAAGCUAAGAAACUCAUAGACUUAGUCUGCCGCGAGCUCAGACCUGCAGGUCGUCGUCUGGAUGAUCCGAGUGUUGAACUGUACAUAUUCACUUCAGGUGAUGCUGCCCUCGAUGCCGCUCUUGGAGGAGGAAUACGAGCUGGGAUGAUAUGGGAGGUUGUCGGUGAAAGUGCAGCAGGGAAGACUCAGCUGUCUCUUCAGCUAUCAUUGACUGUUCAACUGCCUCGCCGACUUGGGGGACUUUCCGGUUCGGCAUGUGUUCUGUUAACGUCUAAAACGUUGUACACCAACAGGCUGCUCGAGAUCAUCGACACCCACCCGCUACUGUCACCAGCCGUGUGUGGACUAUCGGAUAUUCAUGCCAUGAAGACAACCACCAUUCCGGAACUUAUUCGUGCACUUGCAAAGGAAUUACCCGCAUUCUGUGAGACAACAGCCUCGCGCGUAAAUGCGAAACCAGUUAGUUUAGUGAUCAUAGAUACGCUCGCGGAGCUGUUCCAUAUGGACGGCAAAACCAGCACUACGACUCUAUCCCAACGCUCGAAGGACCUGGCAGAAAUCUCCCUUCUGCUGCACACCCUAGCGAACAAAUAUAACGUUGCUGUAUUGGUCCUCAACGAAGUUUCAGACUCCUUCGAACAUCCGCCCUUGGUGGAUGGAUCACAUCCGGAUGACCUCGUUUACCGCAACCAGGCCCGCUUUUUCAACAAGGCUGAUAGCGUCCCUGGGGAGAACCAUAAGGAAGCUGCACUUGGAUUGGUGUGGGCAAACCAAGUGAACACACGCAUAAUGCUCAGUCGUACAGAGCGGACACGUUAUCCAGAAGAUGUCGAUACAAGACCUACCAAGCGACGUAGAUUGGAUGGCCAAUCCGGGCCGAUGUCUCAGAGACAUGCUGACUCUCAGCCUGUGCGAAUACGACGACUCACCGUCAUAUUUUCCAACAUUGCACUUCCAACCUCUCUGGACUUUAUGGUUACGGCUGAGGGUAUCACAGUGAUACCUGAUGAAGAUAUGCCGGUUUCGAUUCCAUCAGUCGCGCAGAGCUCAGCCAGCAACCCUCCAGCCACAAGCUACGAUAUCACCACCAAGGAUACCAAUAUUUCCGAUGAUACCCUCCCUUCUUCUUCUGCACCCCAGCUUCCGACAUUCGAAGCCCUUUCCAGUGAUGACGCACCACAACCUGUUUCCGAAGGGGUAGACCCAGAGAAUGGUCCAGAGCCCGAAGACGAUGAGUGGGAGGCUUAUUGGAAACAGGCAGAUAGUAUGGAAGAUCUGUAUGCUAAUAUUGAUCUCGAUACUCUAUCAUCAAGUUUACCCAAUACUCAACAUCAUUCCUGAUCUUCUCUUAUGACCAUGACCUCGCCACAAGAAGCGGAAAGCCUGUUUCUUGGAAAUUUGUGACAGCAUCCGCUUACGCUGAAUAUGUCCAGAGGGCGCAAAGCCGGAAGUUGCACAUUGGCACUUAGGUCGAACUAAGAGAACCUUCGAAAUGUAUCACCAGGCGAUAAUACAGAUUUAGGUUUGAAAACAGACAUCAUAGUCAACGUACAUGGCGACCCAGAGAGAUGAGGAUUCGAAUAAGUAGCAAUAAGACACAGUUCAAGAG